GGACCAUUGUACAUCAGAUAUUUUAAUUAUAGCGUCACAGAUACGCAAAAAAUGAUUAUGGACGCUGCUCGUGAACUGAAUGUACCCAUACUGGAAACCAUCAACGGCAACAAAUAUAUUGGAUAUGGCAUGGCUCAGGGAACUUUGAAUGAAGGUAGCAGGAUGAGUACGGCAAAGGCUUUCUUAUCGCCGAUUAAAAACAGGAGCAAUCUGUACGUGAUGAAGUCAACCCGGGCCGACGCUGUUCUCCUGGAUGGCACUCGUGCGAUCGGAGUACGCGUGACUCUGAAGGAUGGCAGGUCGAUCGACGUGAAAGCAUCAAAGGAAGUGAUUUUAUCCGCCGGCAGUAUCGCCAGUCCACAACUGCUCAUGCUCUCCGGCAUCGGGCCUAAGCAGCAUCUGCUCGAAAUGGGAAUACCGAACGUUGUUGAUUUGCCAGUCGGCAAAAAUCUUCAAAAUCAUGUCGGUUGGCCAGGUUUACAUUUAGCUUACAAGAACGAGACCGCGACACCACCAUCGCCUACAUUUAUAUUGGACGAAGCUUAUCAAUAUCUGAUACAUAAACGAGGUAUUUUGGCAACCAACGGUGGCUUAAAUUUUAUAGGUAAUGUCAAUGUAAAUGAUGCGAACUCCAAAUAUCCCGACAUACAGUUUUUUCACCUUCAUUAUCCACGAUGGGAUGUAGAUAAUGUGAAUACAAUAUGGAAGGUAUUUCCAGCAGAUGAGGAGAUAAAGCAGAAUGUAUUGAAAAUGCUUCAGGAAUUUGAUAUGGCAGUAAUCAUGCCGUAUGUAUUAAAACCGAAGAGCUCGGGUGAGUUGUGGCUACGUAGCAAGGAUCCCGCGGUUCCUGUUAAGAUCUAUGCGAAUACGUUCUCCCAGCAAGAAGAUGUUGAAACCUUGUUGAAGUCCUUAGACUUCAUAAAGAAAAUGCUGAAGACCGACACAUUUACACGACGAGGAGUAAGGCUGUAUCAUUUGGACAUUCCGGGUUGUCGACACAUUGAACCUGAUUCGAAUGAGUAUUGGAGAUGUCACUUGCGACAUUUGUCUACCAUGUUCUACCAUCCCGUUGGUAGCGUUAAAAUGGGUCCACGAAACGAUCCUACGGCUGUAGUGGACGCUAGAUUAAAAGUACACGGAAUGCAAGGUCUGAGAGUCAUCGAUGCAUCUAUCAUGCCAACAAUCACUAGUGGACCCACGAAUGCACCUACGAUAAUGAUAGGAGAGAAAGGCGCAGAUAUAAUUAAAGAGGAUUGGGCAGCUGUGAAGGACAAUCAAGAAUUAUAGAAAAGAGUACAGUUAGUUACAUGUUAUCGGUUUGUUUAUCAUAUAUAUACCUGGUGUAUGCAUAAGUUUUUUCCGGUUUAACUAAGAGAUGG